GCUGUUCGGCCUAGAAGACUGGACUCCGUUAACUGCUUCUGCUCUAGAAGGACCACAGAACUUUUCUUGAGACCUUGACCAUUACUGGAAAAUCCUCUCCCCCUCCGUCCCAGACCUCCCUCCUCUCCCGGCAAUGAACAGCUGCCUUUGCAUGAAAAGAAGGGACGAUUUUCCACGCUUAACAGAUAAUCCAAUAAUGCCUGAGGUUCGGGACCUUUCUGAUGCUCUCACUGAUCUGUCUAUGGAUCCUAUCACUGGUGUUGGAGUAGUAGCAUCAAGAAAUCGAGCACCCACAAGCUACGAUGUGGUCUCUCAGACAACAGAUGGUCUGGAUGCCGAUCUGUGGAAAGAUGGUUUAUUUAAGUCCAAGGUGACAAGAUACUUGUGUUUCACCAGAGCGUUCUCCAGAGAGAAUAGCCAUUUAGGGAAUGUGCUGGUGGAUAUGAAACUGAUAGAUAUCAAAGACACAUUGCCUGUUGGCUUUAUCCCCAUCCAGGAGACAGUGGACACACAGGAAGUUGCAUUUAGAAAGAAGCGUCUGUGCAUAAAGUUCAUCCCACGAGAUUCCACAGAAGCUGCCAUAUGUGAUAUUCGUAUUUUAAGCCGCUCUAAACAGGCUCCACCACAGUACACAUUUAUUGGGGAACUAAAUAGUAUGGGCAUCUGGUAUAGAAUGGGAAGAGUCCCACGUGCUCCAGAAUCUCCACAGCCUUCUACUCCUUCUUCUCCAACUGCAGUGGUCACAUCAGCAUCUGCACCAAACCUCCCAAGACAUAUAUCUCUAACUCUUCCUGCAACAUUCAGAGGUAGAAAUAACACUCGACCAGACUUUGAAAACCAACAGUCUAAUCUUUACGCUAUCUCAGCAAUGGAUGGAGUUCCCUUCAUGAUUUCUGAGAAGUUUGCCUGUGCAUCAGAAGCGAUGCAACAGGUUGACCUACUGGGAAUUACAAUUAAAUCUCUGGCAGAAAUAGAGAAAGAGUAUGACUACAGUUUCAGAACAGAACAAAGUGCUGCGGCCCGUCUGCCCCCCAGUCCUGCCCGCUGCCAGCAGAUACCCCCACCAUGAGAAAGAGAGACACAGAAAACGGAUUUGGCACUCACAAAUACUACUGAGCAGAACCCAUUGCUGCUGACCCUGACUUCUAACUCUUAACCUGACGGUAGAAAUGAAGAGUUGGUGGAUUUUUUUCUAACAGAAUCAGUUUUUUUUGUAUUGAUAUUUUGUAAAUAUAACUAUUAAAAAAAGAAAAAAAUACUUAUGGAGUUGUAUUACCAGUUGUGGGCCUGUCCUGGCUCAGCACCUACAGUGUUACCCAGUAGUAUGUCUGCACACUUCCAGUCUCUAUAGGGGUGCCACAAUGAGCAUGUUUAAAAUAACA